AAAAUGGUGUAACUGUAAUAGAUUUUGCGCCACAUUUGAAGGUUCAUUACAAAUGUCGACGUGGAAUUUGUUUAAUCUUUCGAAGUCGUUUGCAAUGACUGUGGAAAAGACCAUAUAUAACAUGUCCUAAUUUUUGCCCCAUGCAAUUUUUGAGAAGGUGUUAGAGACUGACCGUGACUGGCCUUUUAAGAUCCUGUCGUAGGAUGAAUGGCCAUAUCAUCCCAGACACGCCAAUUGUGGUGGAUCUCUGGAGGAGAGCUGACACUCCAUCCUCAAAACUUUACUUCCUAUCUCACAUGCACUCUGAUCAUACUCAGGGUCUCUCAGCCUCUUGGCGAUGGCCAAUUCAUUGCUCACCCCUCUCUGCCAAACUGCUGAUUGAUAAGUUCCAAAUCAGCGAGUGCCUUAUCAGGCCUCUGGAACUUAAUCAAAGUCAUAUUUUACCGCUGGAUUAUGUGGGGAGGGAGUCAAUGACAGUGACCCUGUUUGACGCUAAUCACUGCCCCGGCUCUGUCAUGUUUCUGUUUGAGGGCUACUUUGGCCGUGUCCUCUACACAGGCGACUUCCGUUACGAUUUGACGACCUUCCCUGAGUCCUGCCUGGGUCCCGGGCAGCCUGUGGAUAAGUUGUACCUGGACAACACCUUCAACCAUCCACGGUACAGGUUUCCAAGCCGGGCAGAGUGCACAGAGAAGAUCCUGGAGAUCCUUGCCAGGCAUCCAGAGCACGAGGUUGUCCUUGGAGUCUACACAUUGGGGAAAGAGGAGCUUCUUGUGGACAUUGCACUUGCCCUGAAAACCCGUGUGGUGGUUAGUCCAGCACGUCUGAGAGCGCUCCAAGUGCUGGAAUUACUCGAUGUCUUUACAACAGACAAGGACUGUGGACAUGUGAGACUGGUACCACGGAGAGCGAUCAGCAAGAAAAACAUGGCCAAGUGGAACAGGGAAGCCCCAACCAUUGCUAUCAUUCCAACCGGGCUGUUCUCAUCACUAGACGGACAACCAUUUAUCAGUCAGGAGGACGUCUUCAUCGUCCCAUACUCAGAUCACUCCUCCUAUCUUGAACUCAGGCAGUUUGUCGCAAGAGUCUGCCCACGUGUCAUCAUCCCCAUUGUCAAGGAUUCCUGCUUCAUGAGCAGUGAUCGCUGUGUUACAGACAUGCACAACUUUGACGAUCUCUUGGACAGGUCUCCUAGUGCACCCAUCACCAUCCCACCUUCAGUGCUGCAGUUCAUGUCCACUGAUCUCUCGAGAUCAGUCCAUCAUAGUGAGUCACAGAAGAACUUUCAAAUGAUCGUUGAAAUGAGGAAGACUCAAAAAUUGAUGAGAAACAAUCAUACAGCUCUCGGAGUGGUUUUCGAAGAUGACGAUAACCAAGAGCAACCACAGGCUGGCAGUGAAUCCAGUCACACUAAUGGACAAAAUACCAAUAGUUUUCAGCUCACCAAGAGAACUAACCCCACCAGAGAGCUCACGGAAACAAAGGCACCUCUGACAGAGGUGCCAUGUGAAAUGGAAACAAUGCAAAGUGAACCUUCCCCUCAGCAGUUCUCAGAAAAUCAAGGAAGUCACAUGUGUGAAGGGUUAGCCUCAAGGAAGAAAGAUUUUUUGCCUGGGAAGUCCAAAAGGAAAUUUGACGGAAGUCGUGCAUCUGGACGCUCAAAAAGUCCAAGUGCUGACUUCGCUUUGAUCAGAAGUAUGUCGAGCAAAAAACCAAGAACCCUACCUGAAUCAUUUGUAAUAACUCCAAAAGUGGUUGUAAAUGCAUUUCCUGGUGGAGAACGUAGACGACUUGCCAGUCCAAACUCAUCUACAAAAGAGAUUCAAGACUACUUCAAGCUGUUGAACACUGCUGCCCCUCAAAGUUGUACUAAACAAAUGAAUCUCAAACCAGAUGCAUGUAAUACAUGCGCAAGAGUGGCCUCCCCUCAAGCUGUCCCUCCAGUCUCAGACACCAAACCUGCAGGUGGUUUCAUCACCGCCAGUCGUGCACACCAGCCAGAGGACAAGGCUGUAAAUGUCACCGACAGUUCAUUUUCAGUUGGUGCUCCCAACCAAAGGAUAGUUGACCAGAGAGACAAGCGAAACAGUGAGACAGAUGAGGUGUACAGAGCAGCAGAGAUGCUACAAAUUGCAAGAACAGGCUCUGUUGAGGACAAGGGUGGAAGUCUGCCUCCCAAAAGUUCUCGCUCCACUGAUCCCAGUCGUUGCUCAGACCACAUACCUUUUGGAUAUAUUUGUGUCAAGCCACUGAAUCAACUGUCUAGAAGUCAAAAAGGUGACAGCCUCAGGAAAGCAUUUCAAGACGUCUUUUCCAAUCAGCACUGAAAUAUGGCAGCUCGGGAUUUGUUGGAGGCAUCACCAACAUGCAGCGUCAGCAACAGUCAGGUUCUUCAAAUUUUGAUGCAGGUAGAAUUGCCCCCAUUUCUUUAGAAAGUUGGUCAUGUGUCACUCUUGCAUACAUUUAUAGCACAUUGAUCAACAGCACAUGUAUAGUGAAUGAUCUUUAAGUGUCCUUGGGACAAAACAGAUUGUAUAAUACCUUUUUUACGGUUACAAUAAAGAUCAGAAUGGAAAAACAAAAUGGAAAACUGUUCAUGUACAGUGACGAAGGUGCACUGACAGGCACAC